CCUCUUUCCAUACCGUGACUUUCUCUGGAGGAAAACUAACCACAUCGACUCUUUUCCCAAUUCCUCAGCCCAGAGGUAUUUGUUGUCUAUUCGACUUGCGCGAACUAAAGAGUAUCUCUCGCCCAGGAGGAGCAUUUGCCAAAGACCGCAACCCGGACGUUCGACACCACUCAUCCGGAAAAAAUGGGAAGUGCAGACACGGGAGACUUCACGGCGGCGCCGGAGCGGGUCUCCUUCGACGGCUUGCUCUUCGACAUGGACGGCACCAUCAUUGACUCGACAGACGCAGUAAUCAAGCAUUGGCACACAGUGGGUGAAGAAAUAGGGGUAGAUCCAAAUGUCAUCCUCCAGACAUCCCACGGCCGGAGGAGCAUAGAUAUCCUCAAGAUCUUGGCGCCUGAGAAGGCAAAUUGGGAAUACGUCCGUCAAAUGGAAGCCCUCCUCCCGCGCCUCCACGGCGACUCCGCAGUCGAGAUCCCCGGCGCCCGCGCCCUCCUAGCCGACCUGAUCGCCCGGCGCGCCCCCUGGGCGAUCGUGACCUCGGGCACGGAGCCGCUCGUCAACGGCUGGCUGGGCGUGCUUGGCCUGCCGUCGCCGCCGCCGGACCUGCUCAUCACGGCCGAGUCCGUCGCCGUCGGAAAGCCCGACCCGGCGUGCUAUCGUCUCGGGCGGGAGCGGCUCGGCCUGGCCGGCGGCGACGGCAGGAGAGUCCUCGUGCUGGAGGAUAGCCCCGCGGGAAUCAGGGCCGGGAAGGACGCUGGGUGUGCUGUGAUUGGGCUCGUCACGAGCCAUACGCUGGAGCAGGUGCUGGUCGCGGGGCCGGACUGGGUGGUCCGCGAUCUGGAGAGCGUGAGUGUCGUGCCUGGUGAAAGGGCGGCCGUGACGUUGGAGAUUCGGGAUGCGUUCGUGAAGAGGACCGCGUGAGUGGGGUGCCGGAAGUGUCUAGGGGUAGAAGACAGGGAGGGAGGCCUGGGAUGGGUUGACGGCUUCUCUUGAGAUAGAUGACGUCGUU